UUUUACAAAACAAUGAUCAUAACAUUAACCAAAAUUCUGUUCUCAGUUGCUAUUCUACUUCGAGUAUCCGGAGAUUCCACCCACGAAAAAGAAAAAUAUACAAAAGCGUCCCAGUGGGAGUACUAUAGAGAGCUAAUCAAAGACAGUAUUGCUGGGUACCAUGAUUGCAGCAAUGAAGACUGUUCUUGCUUUUCAAGUGUUUUAGUUGAUGAUUUGUCUGUAUGGCGGGGUGGAAUUACCAAAGAAGACAUAGAAGCUGCCGUAAGAUUUGGUGUACACUACCAGAUCAUUGAUCACAAACUCUACAGACAAGAUGAAUGUAUGUUUCCAUCAAGAUGCAGUGGAGUUGAGCACUUCAUUCUACAAAUUCUACCAACUUUGUCUGACAUGGACCUGGUUAUAAAUGUUCAUGAUUGGCCUCAAGUGCCACGAAGAUUAAAGCCUUUACCUGUAUUCUCCUUUAGCAAAGUGCUGACUGACCACUGGGAUAUCAUGUAUCCAGCCUGGACAUUUUGGGAAGGAGGGCCUGCAGUUUGGCCUAUUUAUCCCACUGGAUUAGGGCGAUGGGACCUGCAGAGAGAUAUUAUUACCCAAGCAGCUGAAAAUUGGCCUUGGGAGAAAAAAGACGAUUUAGCCUAUUUUCGUGGAUCAAGAACUAGCGCAGAAAGAGAUCCCUUAAUUCUUUUGUCUCGCAAGGAGCCCACUUUAGUUGAUGCCCAGUACACAAAAAAUCAAGCGUGGAAGUCAGACGAGGAUACAUUGUACAGAGCCCCAGCCACAGAAGUUAAAUUAGAAGAACAUUGUAGAUAUAGGUACCUGUUUAACUUUCGAGGUGUGGCUGCCAGUUUCAGGCUCAAACAUCUGUUUUUGUGCAACUCAACGGUCUUUCACGUGGGCAACGAUUGGUUAGAGUUCUUCUACCCCGCCUUAAAGCCGUGGGUGCACUAUGUUCCUGUCAGCUCUGAUCUCUCUCAAGUUAGAGACCUGCUUGUGUUUGCAAAGAAUAACCAAGACUUGAUGCAAGGCAUUGCAGAAAGGGGGAGGCAAUUUAUAACAGAACAUUUGCGACUGGAUGAUGUGUCCUGUUAUUGGAAGCUGUUGUUACAGAAGUAUGGUGAACUGCUCAAGUAUAGACCUACACGAAAGACUUCAUACAAGCAGAUAAAGUAGAAUAGGCUACACCCUGUCAGUCAUGUACUAUAUGUUAUAUAUUAAAUUGUUAAAAAUGUGAUUGUU